CCCCCCUCUCCCUUCAAGACCUCUUUCUUUUUUUUCUCUCUCUUUUGAAAUAAGCUCGAGCAAACAAUGUCGCUUUUUGCGCGACUGAGGGGCAAGACGUCGUCAGAGCGUUCUCAAGAGGGCCCUCUUAGCAGCAGCAGCAGCAGCAGCAAGAACGACGCAGGCCGAAAGGCAGGGUCAGACCCAGACCCAGACCCAGACCCGUCCGCCAAGGUAAUUCCAACACCGACUCAUGGCAGCGACCUGAAAGUGCUUCAAGAUGCUUCGAAUGGUCAGAACAAGAACAGCAGCAGCAGCAGCAGCAGCAGCAGCAGUGAUGCUCAAGAGGCAGACAAAGCAGUCUUGCGAGCAGAGAAUGAAUGGAAGGCUGCGGAUGCGGAUGCGGAUGCGGAUGCAGCGCGAAGAGCAAGCAUUCUGCACCUCAUGACGCAAUCGGGACUCGACGUGACUCGCUCGCUGGUCCAGAUUCCUAUUUUGUACACCGAAUGCGAUCGUCUGGGACAUUUGAGCAACGUCAACUUUCCAAAAUUGUUCUUUGCUUCUUGUCUUCGCACGCUCGAAUCCUUCAAAGGCUUGGGUCGCAAUAUUCACUCCGACCUCAUGUCAGGUCAAACCUUUUUCCCGCUCAUUUCCAAAGCGACGUACAACUACAAGACGCGCAUCUCCUAUCCCGACACGGCAUUGAUCUCCAGUCGCAUCGCUAGCGUCACGAGCGGCACCUUUGUGCUGGACUGCGACAUGUACAGCCUCAAGAGUGGUGGGCAUCCGCAUGCGCAUGAUGCGCAGCAGAACAAGUGGCAUCAGCAAGAGGAGGAGAAGAAGAAGAAGAAGAGGAUAAGAAAAGUGGCCAAUGCUGAGAUUACUUGGACUAUUGUGGAUGUGCAGAGUCAGAGGACGGGCGAUUUGCUGGAUCGCAAUCACGACGAAAAGUGGAGCGCGCUCUACCGGUACCUCGAGCAGGAAGCGAGCAAGGGGCAGGGGCAGGAGCAGGAGCAGGUGGGACACCGCCGCUCUAAGAAGACGUGACGUGACGUGCCGUGCCACCUCCAUCAUUGACAAAAAUGCGUGGCAUUUUGACUGUGCAAAGAUAUGUCCGUGGAAAUCAAGAACGAGGGAUGCACUUGUUUGCUGCAUUCGCCCCUCGCUGACACUCUUACAAAGCGCUCGAAGCCGCGCGCGGAAAAGUCUUGAAACCUCUUGUCGACGCAUCUCUCACCUCUCGAUCCUCCUGCUGGGCGACCUCUACCUCUUGCCUCCCGCUGCUCUUCGCAAAAGCGUUGAAUUUGAGAUGAGAUCCG